UGUUCUCCCAAUUUGAUGGGCUUCUUCGUGGGCUUGGACCGGCCCACGGCCGAAGAUGGAACUGAAAGAUCACACUGCUUGGUGGGUGAACUGGCUCACGCCGCGACGCCACCAGCAACGUUAGCUUCUGCGUGUGGCCGUGGGCGCGCGCGCGACAUGACAACCGCCACUGCCAUCGUCGCCGGCCACGGCCUGGCCCUGCGCCGGAGUCUCCCCCUCCCUAACCCUCCAGGGAGACCCAGCUCGGUCUAUCUCUCCGCGCGACCACUCCCACACGCACGCCGCAUGAUUGUUCCGGCCAGCCCAUCGUCGCGGCCGUGCCGGUGCCGGUCGAUCUCCUCCGAGAGCUCCACCGCCGCCUCCGCCGCGGAAACCGCCGACGAAGAUGUGGACCCCGGUAAUGAAGACGACGAGGAGGAGGUGGACCCGCAGGCGGAGGUGUGCUACCUGGACCCCGACGCGGACCCGGAGGCGAUCCGGGAGUGGGAGCUGGACUUCUGCUCGCGGCCCAUCCUGGACGCGCGCGGCAAGAAGGUGUGGGAGCUCGUGGUCUGCGACGCCACGCUCUCACUCCAGUUCACGCGCUACUUCCCCAACACCUCCAUCAACAGCGUCACGCUCCGCGACGCACUCGCCUCCGUCUCCGACGCGCUCGGCGUGCCGCUCCCGGACCGCGUCCGCUUCUUCCGGUCCCAGAUGCAGACCAUCAUCACCCGCGCCUGCGGCGAGCUGGGCGUGAAGGCCGUGCCGAGCCGGCGGUGCGUGUCGCUGCUGCUGUGGCUGGAAGAGCGGUACGAGGCCGUGUACAGCCGCCACCCGGGGUUCCAGCCCGGCACCAGGCCGCUGCUCGCGCUCGACAACCCAUUCCCCACCACGCUCCCCGAGAACCUCUUCGGCGACAAGUGGGCGUUCGUCCAGCUCCCCUUCUCUGCUGUGAGGGGGGAGGUGGAGUCAUUGGAGAGGAGGUAUGCGUUCGGCGCGGGGCUCGAUUUGGAUCUGCUGGGGUUUGAGCUUGACGACAGCACGCUAAUCCCUGGAGUCGCCGUGGAAUCUUCGCGUGCCAAGCCUCUUGCUGCCUGGAUGAACGGUCUGGAGAUAUGCGCGAUGGAGGUGGACACCGGCAGGGCGAGCCUGAUCCUCUCGGCGGGGAUCUCGACGAGGUACAUCUACUCCGGCUACCAGAAAAGCCCCGCGGCGACGCAGGAGGCGGAGGCCUGGGAGGCGGCGAAGAAGGCCUGCGGCGGCCUGCACUUCCUGGCCAUCCAGGAGAACCUGGACUCCGACGGCUGCGUCGGGCUCUGGCUCCUGCUGGACCUGCCCCCGCCGCCUGUAUGAUCGAUCCGGAACCUAGUUUGUCUUGUGAAUUUUGCAAGAAAUCACUGUAGCUUGUGUAGUGCAAGUGUAAGUUUUUUGGGAAUCGGUAAUUCGGUAUACAGGAUUGUGUUUUCCCUUUACGCAAUCAGAGGUAGUGAUGAUGGCAAUGGGCACAAAUUACUCACGUAACUGCGGGUAAAAACCUUAAUACGUGCAGAUUUAGGUUGCAUUAUUUGUCUAUGGGUCGGAUUUAAGUUGCAUUAUUUGCCUAAGAGUCAGAUUUAAGUUGUAUUA